GUCUUUACAUUUUACUUGAAAAUGUCGUAAAACUUAAUUUGAGACAUAUAGUGUUCUUUCGUUUAAUCAUUGUUAAUUUUUAUUUAAACUAUUUUACCUCAGGUCAGAAUUCUUCGAAUUCAUCCUAAACACAUUUAAAAUUGAGAUAUGAAAUGUCGUAAUUCUUCCACAUUUUCAUUUACGUACAUACCUUGGAAAAGCUUGAAAAUGGCGGCGUUAGUGAUGAUAACGUAUUGAGUUAUACCGAUUGUAGCACCUAUAUAGGUUACGGAAAAUGCCUUCGGAGAAGAUUCGCUCAAAAGAAGACACAUGGUCAACCAAUGAGCUUAAAAGGGCCUUGAAUAAAGAUGAAAUCAGAAAAGAAAGAGAACGAUUGAGAAGAGAAAGAAAGGAGGGAAAAGAAGAUAUAAAUGACUAUGAUGAGAAAGAUAGACGUCACAGAAAAGAUGGUGAUGAAAGGCGUCGUCACAGGGAUGAUGAGGACAGGAGAAAGCACAGAGAGAGUAAAAAGGAAGAAAUAACGGAGGAUGAUAGAGAAGCCCAGAGAAGGGAGAGAAGAGAAAAGCGGGAAGGGAAAAGCUCAAAGCCUGAUGACAAGAGGAGAGAUGAGGAUCGGAGACGACAUAGAGAUGAAGAAGAUGAUAACCGGAGGGAGAGACGACACAGGGACCGAGAUGACGAGCGUCAUCGAGAUCGGGACGAUAGAGACCGUGACGAAGAGAGAGAAAGGAGAAGAAAAGAGAGAGAUGCAGAGAAAGAAAAACGACAUAGGGAUAAGGAUGGCAGACACAGGGACAAAGAAGAGAAAAGCGACGAUAGAAGAAGGAGGCAUAAAGAUGAAGAUGGUGAAGAUCGACGAAGGAGACACAGGGAAGAUGAUGAUGAUAGAAAGAGCAGACACAGAAGAGAUGAAGAGGAUGAAGAUAAGAAGCGAAGGCACCACAGAGAUGAGGAUGAGAGAGAAAGAAGGAAAGAUCGACACAAAGAUGAUGCUGAUGGUCACAAAAAGCGAAAACACCGCCAGAAAGAGAGGGAAGAGGAGACAACUCUAGACGAGGAUGAAAGAGAAAAGCAGAGACAAGAACGAAGAGAAAAACGAGAAAGCAAGGAAGGGGGUAAAAGUAGGCAUAGGGAUGAAGAUGAUGAGGAAAGGCGACGGAGGAAAGAAAAAGAGAGGGAAAAGGAAAGAGAGAGAGAACGAGAGAAAGAAAAAAGAAAAUCAGCAAAACCUAUCAGCAAGAGAGCAAAAGAAGCGGAGGAGGAGAAUGGCUAUGAUGAUUACGAAGAGGAUUUUGAGGAUUAUGAAGAUGAUUUUGAAGAUGAGGAGGAAGAAGCACCCGCCGCCAAAGGAAAGUUGUCAGAUUAUGAAUUCCAAAAGUCGCCACGUAAAGUCAGACAAGGACUGGACUAUUCUGACUCGGAAAUGGAUGAGGUAUUGAAAGCGCUGGAUCAGGAAAACGAUAGAUUGUAUCACGACUCCAGACAAAAGCAGGACUCGCCGAGGGAGGAGGUUCGGGAAAAGCGUUACAACCGAUACAACAAUCAGUCUGAUGACCAGGACUCGGACUCCGAGCCCACUAGGCCAGUAACUCGAGGCAUCAUCAACUUCUCGGGGGCCAAACAGAGGGCCAUAAGUCGCAAGGCCAACAGUAAGACAGCCAAACGGGCCCAGGAUUUACUGCAGAUGAUAGAGCUGGACGUCUCCGCCUACGAUCUGUUUGAUCUUCCGCCUGUGAAGGAGUAUGAUCUUUACAUCAGAAGCUUCGGACGAACAGAUACCAAACAGGCUUAUGUACAAACCAAUGAAGACAAUAUAGACCGAGAUAUACAGACUGACGAAAUCGAUUUCCGACAGAAGUGGACGCAGCACCCUCCAGAGGACUUCACAGGAUGCGGAAGAGGUGAUGGAGAGAAGGAUUUAGAUGAGGAAGAAACAGCACAACAGAACAAACAGCAGGACCUGGGCCGUCUCAAUUCAUUUAUACAGAAGGCAGGACAGGUUAUUUCCAUUUUAAUGGAUGAGGAAAAAGACCAACAGAGAAACGAGAAAGCCGAAAACAGGACAAAUUUAGCUCUGAGUGAGGGCUACUCACAACUGACGUGUCUUUCUAUACUCAAAGGACGCUGCAUAGAGUUUGCCCAUUUUUCCCCGACCCAGCCAAACUAUUUACUGACAGUAUUUAGCAAGUCAUCAGAGGUCUCUGAGUCAAACCCUGUGGACAGGAAGGGGAUUAUCUGUAUGUGGAACACAAACGAGCCGUCUUAUCCACAGAGGAUUCUGGCGUGCGAGUCACAGCCCCUCUGCUGUUGUUUCAGUCCUUACAAGACCUCCCUCGUCUUUGCGGGGAUGGUUGAUGGUUCAGUCUGUGCCUGGGAUCUGAGAGAACCCCCAGCUUUACACAAGUCUAUACAGUUCGAAAACUCGGACCACUUACUGCGGUACCCUACCUAUAACACAGCUGGCAUUGUGGAGGUAGACAAUCACCAUAGUCCGCUCACCACCCUCAGUCCAGUGGUCUCCUACACUGACAGUGAAUCUGAUACACAGGAGUCCCAUGACGAUUCUACUGGUGGCCUCUCAUUCCAGCUCAUUUCCUGUGAAGAACUUGGAGUUCUAAAAUUCUGGGUUGUAGCAGAAAUCUCCAGUCCAGACAUGGCUGGGUCAGAGGUCGACUUGGGAUUGUCCCCUGGAGGGAGGAUCAAGCUGGUGCUGAGCUCCUCCAUCAAAUUACAAAACCCUAAAGGAGAGAAAUCUGGUCCUCUGCGGUCCUUUGAGUUACAGUUAUCGCCAGGGGACUUAAAUCACUACUAUGUAGGGACAGAGAAGGGAUUUGUGUACCAUGGUCUGAGAUUUGGUUCUAGAGCUUAUCCCCGAAAGUUUACUGCUCUCAAUGAUGCCCCUGUGGACAUCAAAACUAUAGAUUUCUCUCCAUUCUGUCAUCCAUGCUUCUUGGUGUCCACAGGUGACGGAGAUGUUCAUUUAUUCAGCUCAAAAACAGACACAGCCCUAGUGUCCUGGCCAGCGCGAGUUUGGGGGACAAGGGGAGUGAAGUGCGCUAAGUGGUCUCAGAGCCGGCCCUGUGUGUUCUACGUCCUGGAUGACAACAGCCGACUGUAUACUUUUGAUCUACUGGAGGGUGAUUCCAUGCCUGCUAAAAUAGAAACGCUGUCCAAUGAAGCCAGGGUAACCUAUAUAGCUUUCACAUCUGAUGUCCGACAAUCUGGUCAUGGAGGAAGAAAUCCUCAAAUGUUAAUCUGUCUGGAGUCUGGAGUCGCACAGAUCCACACAAUAGCAAAGGAAUACCGGGAACAGCAGACAUUAGAGAACGACUUCCUGCCAACGUACCUGGCCAGAUUCUAGAGUGGUCAGUGAAAAUUGUCUCAGUGACCGCUCUCAUAAAAUUGACAGUCAAAUGGACCUCAAAACAGUCUGUGAUAAUUAUCUGAAAAGAAAUUCUUAUUUAUAUGCGAACUUUUAACUUUGUUUUUCUCUGUAUAUUAUAUGCUAGUUAUUGAUUUCUGUGGUUCCAGUGUUGAAAGUACUUGUCACCAUGUAAAUAUUUGUAAAUAUUAAUAUCAACAUACUGUUUAUAAAUAGAUAUUUAUGUUGAGGCAAGUCUCCGUGAUUUCAAUAGUAUGCUAUAAAACUUAAAGGGGCAUUAGCUGUGAAAGUGGUGGCAACCAUUUUUUUCUCAAAGUUUCUCAAUGACAUAGAAAUAUAUCUUAACAACUAUAAUAAAAACACUUAUUUUGUACAAAAAUAAGAGAAACCUAAUAAAACUAUGUUAGAUUACUGCUUUUAGUGUAAAGAAAUGUAUAAGGAAGAAUUAUUGUCUUGCAAGAUAAUAAUUAUUUAAUUACUAAAAUCACAUAUUCAUGUGCCUGCUUUGAGGUUAAAAAGUGUUUGAAAUGAUUAAAUACUGGUGUUAUUACCGAAAUAUAUAAUAUAGAGCAAUUUUCAUUGAAUUCAAUUUUUGGUGACAAAAUGACAGAUAAUGCCCCUUUAAAUCAUUAGUCAUGAGAAAAGUAUGUACACUGUAUAUCAAUACAAGAACACCACAUGGCAAAUGUAAAGAGGAAGAUUGUAAACGGCAAAAAUCCUAAGUGGUUGUAUAUAUCUGAAAUGCCAACUAAGUAGAUGGAUUGAUAAAAUAUACAAACACUUUUAUCUGUCAGCAGAUUCUUCUCAUAAAAUCUCAAGUUUAGAAUGUUUCAAUGGUUUUAUCUGUAUUUAACACAGUUUACAUACUUUUUUGUUUUUUCAGAUAAAUGUACUUAAUUUCAUCUCUAAGUUGUAUUGUAUUAUGUUGUCAAAAAGAUAGAAUAGUUGACAAUUUUUCAUUUACAUGUAAAUUACGAAAGGUACUGCUAAUUUGAUUUGUCUAGACUACUGGAGUUUUAUGAAUUGGAUGUGGUUGUGAUAAUGCAUGCAUGGUCAUUUUUCCUUGUUUUCAUGUGAAUACAUUAAUUGUAAAUUAUAUGGAUAUCAUGAUUUCCUUGUUUAAGUAGGGAAAAAGGGGAGGUAACUAAGCUGUGCUUAGGAAUGCAGGUUUUCCCCUGGGGGUGGAGCAGUGUUUUAAUAAUUUGUGUUAUGGUUGUGUUUCUUCUAAGCUGUCCAACAUGCACCUUCGUAGCCAUUCAGUGGUGGAAUAAUCCAAAACAAACGAGUCUGCUGCUUACGAUUUAUUCAUUGUUGUAUGAAAUGCGAAAUAAAUUAUUUCUUUACUGUAAAA